AUGGCAGAGGAUAACUCUCACACCCUCCAACUACAGAGUCUCAAUAAUGAGAUGGAAAUUGAAAUGCCUCGUACAACAACUCCUAAUAGCACUUCUCAGCAAGUAACUAUAACCUGUUCUCAAAACCCAAAACCUAAGGUGUGGAAGAGAUCCUCAUCCAGGCUUGGCAGACUUCAAAGACAGGGUAGUAACACUCUAUCUAAGGAGGAUAGUAGCAGUAGACACAAUAUUUCUUCUCACAGUAACGAGCAUGUUCUGGCAUUGGCAGGCGAGCAGUUUUUUCUCCUUCUGACAAACUCCGUCAAAUCCUUACUGCUAUCUGAUACCAUAUCGUUCUUGGAUGCCAUUUGA